AUGUCUUUCAAUCUUUCGUGGCCCAGUGCGACCAUGCGCGCUGUCGUUUACCAUGGCACUCCCUUCGAAAUGACCGUGCAAGACGUCGCCAAGCCAACAAUCCUCAACGAAACCGAUGUCGUUGUGCGGGUGACAACCUCGGCCGUGUGCGGAUCCGACUUGCACAUCUACCGUGGCUACAUGGGCGGUGCCGUGCCAUGGACGAUGGGCCACGAGGCCGUCGGCUAUAUCUCAGAGGUUGGCGACGCCGUGUCUUCCUUCGCCGUCGGAGACUAUGUCAUUGUUCCCGACACCGUGUCUCCGGAUCAGCUGGAGAUGGAGCCGACGUCGAAGGAGUAUUUUGGCUUUGGUAACAGCGAAAUGGGUCUCGGUGGGCUCCAAGCGGAGUAUGCGAGGGUCCCGUUCGCCGACACCAACUUGAUCCCUAUUCCCCUGACCCAUGAAACCGCCAACUCGACGAUCGAGCAUGACUACCUCACUGUAUCGGACAUCUUCGCUACGGGGUGGGCCGGAAUCGACUACAGCGGCUUCCAGCCCGGUGAUUCCGUCGCCGUCUUCGGGGCCGGUCCCGUCGGGCUGCUUUCUGCCUACUCGGCCAUCUUGCGUGGGGCUUCCAAGGUCUACGUUGUCGACCACGUCGAGGAACGCCUCGAGCUUGCCGCUUCCAUCGGAGCCAUCCCGAUCAACUUCGCAAAGAGCGAUCCCGUCGCCCAAAUCUUGGCGCGCGAACCGCGCGGGGUGAUGCGCACCGUCGACUGUGUUGGUAUGGAGGCUCUGAACACCAACCUUGAGAUGGACGAGAGCGUCGUCGUGCAGCAGAUGGUUGAUGUGGUUCACUUCGGAGGAGGCAUCGGUCAGCUUGGCGUCUUCAGUGCCCAGGACAGCUCGCCUGGUGCGCCGUACGGUAGCACCAUCUCGCCCACGAUCCCUUUUCCCAUCUCGACCUUUUUCGCCAAGGGGUUGAGCUUCCGAACGGGAGCUGUAGAUCCAAAGAAGUACGCUCCCCUUCUGAUCGACCUCAUCAACAGCGGCAAAGCCCAUCCCAGCUUCGUGAUCAGUGCCGUCGUUGGCAUUGAGGAUGCGCCAGAGUACUACAGCCGCUUCAAUGGCAAGAAUGAGACGAAGGUCGCCAUCUACUUUGCGGAGUAA